AUCAUAGACCGACGUGUGUGGGUGGGAUUUGUUAUCAAGCUUGUGUGUCGUGUGUAAGACCUUCAGUCCUGUGCGAGUCGCACCAUGGAGAGAGCCACGAUCCCAUUAACUCUCUUAAGUGUCUUAGCUAUCUGUGUCAUUUCUGCCCCAACCAAGAAGUCACGGGAUGUUGACAUCUACAGCUUCCACAUCAAUUCUACAGUAAACAGCCGCUACGCCGUCACGACCAUCACAAGCCGUGUGGCGAACCGCCUCAAUGAGUCCAAAGAGGUUCAUUUCCAGGUCAAGAUACCAAAAAAUGCUUUCAUCACCAAAUUCAGGAUGACCAUAGAAGAAAAGACAUACGAUGGAGUUGUGAAGAAGAAAGAAGAGGCAGAGCAGCAGUACAGUGCGGCAGUAUCCCGAGGAGAAAGUGCCGGGAUCGUCGGCUCGGUAGGACGGACGCUGGAGGAGUUUAAAACCUCGGUGACAGUGGCGGCUCUCAGUAAGGUGACCUUUGAACUCACCUACGAAGAGCUGCUAAAGCGACGGCUUGGCAAAUACAAGUUACAAAUCAAUGCUCAACCGAUGCAGCCUGUGGCAGAUUUCAAGAUUGAUGUGUAUAUUAAUGAGGAUCCAGGUAUUUCCUUCCUGGAGGUAAACGGAGGGCUGAAAUCUCAGGAGCUGUUCAAUGCUGUAAUCAGUACUCUAGCCAGCUCUACCAAAGAGGCGUGGGUGAACUUUUACCCCACUCGUGAGCAGCAGACCAAGUGCUGUGGAGAAAAUGGACCAAAUGGAGACCUGAUCAUUGAGUACGAUGUGAAGAGACCGAAUCCAAAUGGACAACUGAGGGCAUCGAGUGGCUAUUUCGUCCACUACUUUGCACCCACAGAUAUUCAGCAAAUCCCAAAAAAUGUGGUUUUUAUUAUUGACCGAAGCGGCUCUAUGUACGGCAGAAAGAUGGACCAGACUCGUGUGGCGAUGUUGAAGAUUUUGGGAGAUCUUGGUCAGGACGAUUACUUUGGUCUGAUAACCUUUGACUCUACAAUAAGGGUCUGGAAAACUGAACUUCUCCAAGCCACAGAAAGGAACGUUAAGCAAGCGAAGGACUUUGUGAAGAACAUUAGAGAUGGAGGAGCCACGGACAUCAACGCUGCAGUGCUGAAGGGGGUGGACAUGAUCAAGAACCCCAGAGAGGGUUCUGCCUCCAUCCUCAUCCUGCUCACUGAUGGAGACCCCACAUCAGGUGAAACAAACACAGAAAGAAUUCAGGCCAAUGUCAAAAAGGCCAUUGAUGGUAAAUUUCCACUUUACUGUUUGGGGUUUGGAUUUGACGUGAACUUUGACUUCUUGGAGAAAAUGGCGCUGGAAAAUGACGGAGUCGCACGCAGGAUCUACGAGGACUCGGAUGCUGACCUCCAGCUGCAGGGUUUCUAUGAGGAAGUGGCCACGCCGCUCUUAACUGAUGUCCAACUGAAAUACCCCGGAGCUGCAAAUCUCACCCAGACCAGCUUCAGGCAGUAUUAUAACGGCUCAGAGAUCGUGGUGGCUGGACAAAUCACAGACAACAGCCUGGAAACUUUACAAACCGAGGUCAUCGCAAUCUCAAAAAACACAAAUGUAACGUACCAGGACUCCACGUCGGCAAAAGACCUCAUUGAUGUUUUACCGCAACAUGAAAACUUCAUCCAGAGACUGUGGGCUCAUCUUACAGUGAAACAGCUCCUGGAGAAAGAAGUGGCCCUCACAGGACAGGAGAAAGAAGCAGCCAAGAAAAAAGCUCUGGAUCUUUCUCUGAAAUAUGAAUUUGUAACUCCGCUCACCUCCAUGGUGGUCACUAAGCCACAGGAAGAGGAGACUCAAGUCGCCCACAAACCAAAGGAAGGUGCAGAGACACCCAAAGACCUCCUCCCCUGGUCCAAAGACAUGCAUGGAUUCCCAGAUCUACACUCAGGACAACAAGGACAAGCAUUACCAGGACAAACAGUAAAUCUACUUUCAAGCCAUUUAUAUGACUACGUAGGUAAGUUAAUGAUGCUCUGUACAUUACACAGUCAAGUGCUUUUAAUUUAGCCUCAUCAUGGUACA